AUGUCAACAUCAUUAGAAGUUGCGCUAUCGGUCCCUCGGUUGGUUUGUGCGGGACCAAGCAACAAGGGAACGCGCCGGAACAGUGUGCCCAGUGUCCGGAGCUCGGAGCGCGGAGCUCGGUGCCCGGCGCUCGGAGCACGGAGCCCUGAGCCCGGAGCGCGGAGCGCAGAGCCCGGAGCCCGGAGCCAGGAGCCCGGAGCCCGGAGCCCGGAGCCCGGAGCCCGGAGCCCGGAGCCCGGAGCCCGGAGCCCGGAGCCCGGAGCCCGGAGCCCGGAGCCCGGAGCCCGGAGCCCGGAGCCCGGAGCCCCGAGCCCCGAGCCCCGAGCCCGGAGCCCGGUCUUUGUUCCCGAUAGGAGCCGACCUCCGCUGCAGAGCGCCCGGGCUCUAUUACUUCUUCAUAGAUUGCAGCUGUACAGAAACCCCAAAAGCCAGACCCCAGACUCCAAAACCAAGAACCUAGAUUUCAGACCCAGACCAAACCCCAGACCCCAGUCCCCAGACCCCAGACCCCAGAUCCAGACCCAGACCAAGACCCUACAUCCCAGACGCAAGACCCCAGACCCCAGACCCCAGAUCCAAACCCAGACCCUAUAUCCCAGACACCAGACUCAGACCAAAGAACCCCAGACCCUAGCUCCCGGACCCCGGCCAAAGAACCCCAGACCCUAG